AUGUCGGAUUAAAAGAAUUAGGAUCUUCUAAAGACUUCUUUGUGCUUUAGAAAGUUAACUGAUUAAAAAUCUAGAGGCAAUUUUAUGAUUAUUGAAGAAGUUAUAGCUGGACAUAUUACUAAAAUUAAUGAGCAUUUUUAAAAACUCGAAAAGAAUGGCCAAACUAUUGAAAUAACUAGAAUUUGCAACUCCAUGGAUGCUGAAGGAAAGACUCCUCUUUUCUAUGCAUGCUAUUACAACUUUUAGAAUCUUGUGAUGUAUUUAUUGAUGAAAGGUGCUGAUCCUUACAUUACUGCUUAAAAUGGAUAAAAUGUAUUCCACUUAUGCUGCUUUAUGGGACAUACUGAAUGCAUUGCAUUGAUAUUAAAUUUUGAGCGUCAUAAAGACAGAAUUAAAUUAUUUUAGGAUUUAAAAUAAGAAAUGAAACAAUACUAUUUUAAAAGAACUGAUGUUAGAAGCGGUGUCUUAGUAUCUCCUGAUAAACACAAUCCACUUGUUUAAGAAAGAUUUUAAAUAUUCAGAAGCUCUAUCAAAAAUGUAUUUAAGGGCUUCUUGAACACUAUCUUUAAUAGAAUUAGAGAAGCUAUCACUGCUUCCGAUGAAUUACAACGCAAUCCCAUACAUUAUGCCUCACUAAAUAAAUUUACUAAAUGUCAUAAAUCUGCUAGAUAUUUAAUAGAAUAUGGAUUAGAAUUAACUGGAUACCAACCUUUCGAAGAUCUUUUUAAUGAAGUUUCUCUUCUAGAAUUAAAUAAAGAAAUAAGAAUUGAUCCAAGAUAAUAUCUCCCAUCUCUUGAUAUGGUUAAAAACUUUUUAUUGCCUCAGGAAUACAAAGAACUUGAAAAGAACUUUAAACACUAACUUAAAAACUUAAUUUUGCAAGUAAUUAAUUCUUAAGACAAUGAAGGAUAUACUCCUUUACAUUUAGCUUCAUUUUAUGGAGACUUUGCUUCAGUUUAAUUCUUUUUGAAGCACGGUGGUGAUCCCAAAUAAGUAGACACCAAGAAUAGAAAAGAAGUUUUAGACUAUGCAUAAAAUGAUUAAGUUAGAAAAUAUUUGAUUGAUUUAAAAGAUGCAACUAGAAAGGGGGAUGAUAAAAGCUUUAAUUUUUUAGUUAACUGCGGACAUUAAGUUAAUGGAAAAAAAACAAUAUUUGGCAUUGCUCCAAUUCAUAAUGCAAUUCAGUUUGUAAAUUAAUCUAAAAAUGAUUAAAUUCUAAGAAGUGUCGUUAAUUGUGAUGCUGAUGUAAACAUAACUGAUUCUAACGGCUGGACUCCUCUUCAUUAUGCUUGCAAAAAUGGAGACUUAGAAACUGUAAAAUAUCUUUUGUCUCAAAACGCAGAUGUUUACAAAUUUUCUAGCAAAGGAUAUUAACCUAUUCAUGUUGCUGCUUUGCACAACAGACCAGAUGUGAUUCAAUAUUUAUUAGAAAACAAAGCUGACAAAGAAGCCAGAACAGUUCAACAAUUAACUCCUCUUCAUCUUGCCGCUAAAAAGGGUAAUAUAGAGUCUAUGAGAGUUUUAUUAGAUAAUUAAGCUGAUAGAUAUGCAGUUGAAGAAAGAAAUUGGACUCCUCUUCAUUUUGCAGCAUUUUAUUAUCACAAAGAUGCAGUUUAACUCUUACAAGUGUAUGAUGCUGACUAUGAAAAGUUAAAAUAUAUGACUAAUUCUUAAGGAAAAACAGCCAAAUAAAUCGUGACAAAUGAAGAAACAAGAUUCGCCUUGUUUACUUUAUGGAAUGCAGCAAGAGAAGGAAACUUGGAUGUUGUUAGAAGAUUAACAACUCUUGGAAAUGAUAUCGAUGGAUAAACAGUUUAUAAUAGAAUGACUCCCUUGAUGUUUGCAGUUUAAAAUUAGCAUUACUUGAUUGUUAAAUUCUUAGUUGAAAAUGGGGCAAAUAGUGGAAUAUAAGACGCAAAUGGAAAAACAGCUUUUGACUAUGCAAAUGAAGUUAAAAUUAUGGGCAAUCAGCCUGAAGACGAAUAAAAAAAGAUUACAAAAAAUAAAAUUAUAGGAUUGCUAAAUGGCAACUUAUAUUGA